UCGAUCCCCAGCGGAGUCGAUUUAUUGAUAUUGUCCUUUUAUCAUAUUCCAUGAUAAACUUGUUUCUGAUGCCAAUUUCCUCAAUGUGUAUUUUAAAAUUACAGGCAUUGAAUCAUUCAAACUAACACAGCUUUUCCUGGAUAGUCCUCAGUGAAUACUCGUGUAUUACAGACAUUGAAUUAUUCAAACUAGCACACCACAGCUUUUUAAUCACAGAGCAGGAAGAGUCAGAUUGACUUUUGUGCAUCUGCACUUUUUUAAAGCAAUCCCCAACUCUGUCAUGAAUGGCAUGGUGCUAUUCCAUAAAUCAAAUCUAAACUAUCGCCACAAGUGUUUGGAAUGGCGUCAACCCUAAUUAAUCAGAUGACAACGAAGAAGAGGAAGAAAAAGUUGAUGUCUUUGAUAAUUAAAGUUGGACUACAUCUUCAGCCUACAGAACCCACCAACAACAGUGGCAAUCAUAAACAUUUAUCAGAUAAAAACAUUGGUGAAAGGCGUUGCAGGGAGGGGUCUAUACCCCUCAAACCUUUGCCGCAGAUUGAAAGCCGAGGAAAUCCAGUUCAACCCGCCAGGUAUGUCUCUUUGCUACGUGCUUGCGCGGAUGAGAAAUCUCUUUCAGAAAUAAAAUCAAUCCACCUACAUAUAAUUGAAAGCUUAAAAAAACCGGACAUUGUCUUACAAAACACCCUUGUCAAUGCAUAUGCCAAGUGUGGGAACCUGGAGGAUGCCCACAGAUUAUUGGAUUCAAUGCCUAAACGAAAUGUAGUUACAUGGACUAUCAUGAUAGGUGCUUAUUGCAAGCAGGGUUAUACUUAUAAAGGCCUGGCUCUGUAUAAUAAAAUGAGAGCAUCAGGUGUACUACCCAAUGAAUUUACUUUCACCACUAUUGUAUCGGCUUGUGCCCAAUUGGGGUUUCUUCAAAAUGGCAAGGAAAUACACGAGCAAAUAAUAACCAGAUUUGGGUUUGAGUAUGGUGUUUUUGUGGGAAAUUCUCUUGUUGAUAUGUACGUGAAGUGUGGGAGUUUCGAUUAUGCACGGCAAGUAUUUGACAAAAUGUCUCAGCGAGAUGUGGUUUCUUGGACUGCUAUGAUUGCAGGUUGUGCUCAGAAAGGCCAGGUUGAUGAGGCGGUGAGACUCUUUGAAGUGAUGCCCGAGAGGAAUUUGGCAUCUUGGAAUGUGAUGAUUGCGGGGUAUGGAGAGAUUGGGAAAAUUGAGGAAGCAGUGAGACUGUUUGAGGAAAUGCCCGAGAGAGAUGUGGUGUCAUGGACUCGGAUGGCUGCAGCAUAUAUGCAGAAUGGGCAUGUUGAAAAGGCCCUUGAGAUCUUUAAGAGAAUGCCGGAACGAGAUGAGGUUUCAUGGAAUACGAUGAUUACAGGAUUUAUGCAGAAUAAACUGGUUGAGGAAGCCCUGAAGUUCUUUGACGUGAUUCCUAUGCGAAGUACAGUGUCAUGGAAUGCAAUGAUUGCGGGGUGUGCACAAAAUGGGCGUUUUGACAAGGCACUGGAUCUUUUUCAACAAAUGAGAUUGUCUGGUGUAAGACCACACCCAGACACAUUUGCCAGUGUUCUUCCAUCAUGUGCCAAUCUGGUAGCUUUGGAACAGGGGAAGGCAGUCCAUGUAUCUAUUAUUAAAAGUGGAUGCCAUCAGAACACCUAUGUGGGGAAUGCUCUCGUAGACUUAUAUGCAAAAUGUGGCAAUAUGGAAGAUGCAUAUAAGGUAUUUGACAAAAUGGCGGGGCGAAAUGUAAUUUCAUGGACUGCAAUAAUCAUGGCUUAUGCUAUUCAUGGAUUUGGGAAAGAAGCCUUGCGAAUCUUUGGAAAAAUGAAACUUUCUGGUACAGUUCCAGAUGCAGUUACCUUUGUUGGUGUUCUAUCUGCUUGUGGCCAUGCAGGUCUAGUGGAUGAUGGCUGGCGAUACUUUGACUCUAUGAGUAAAAAUUAUCAAAUCACACCGACAAGAGAGCACUACUGCUGCAUGGUAGACCUUCUCGGCCGAGCUGGGUACUUGAAAGAGGCAUUAGAUCUGAUUGACAAAAUGCCAGUGCAACCCGAUGCAGCUGUAUGGCUAUCUUUGCUUGGUGGUUGUAGAAUUCAUAACAACGUUAAGCUAGGAGAAUAUGUGGCGGAAUGUAUUCUUGAAUUACAGCCAAGCAAUGUUGCAAGCUAUGUAUUGCUUUCAAAUAUUUAUGCGGCAGCUGGCAGGUGGGGUGACAUUGAAAGAGUCCGAAAAAUAAUGAAAGAGAAGGGGGUAAAAAAGAAGCCAGGAUGCAGCUGGAUUGAAGUCAAUAAACACGUAUAUGCUUUUGCUGCAGGAGACAAAUUGCUUCCACAAAUUGAGAAGAUUAAUGCAGAAUUGGAGAGAUUGUCUGGACUAAUGAAGGAAUUAGGAUAUGUGCCUGACACGAGAUUCUCCUUGAGUGAUAUAGAGGAGGAACAGAAAGAACACAAUCUCUAUCAUCAUAGUGAGAAGUUGGCCAUUGCAUUUGGGCUUAUCAAUACAUCCUCUAAGACACCAAUCCGAAUAAUCAAGAACCUUCGAGUGUGUGGUGACUGCCACUCUGCCACCAAACUCAUUUCCAUGAUUGUAGAGCGAGAAAUAAUAGUGAGGGAUGCAAGCCGUUUCCAUCAUUUUGAUAAUGGGCAUUGUUCCUGUGGUGAUUAUUGGUAAUGUAUAACAAGGGUACAAGUUAUGAGAGCCUUGCACUAAUGAAGUACAGCAGAAAAGCCCUAUAUGUUUUGGGCAUAAGGUGAGGUUUGAGGAGUGCCUUACAUGAAAUGACUAAGGAAAUUUGCAACAUUCAAAACAUGGGCCUAGAUGAGGUCUGAGGAGAGCCUUACAUGAAAUGAUAAAGGCAAUUUGCAACAUUCAAAACAUGGACUUUAGUACAUUGAUCAAUAUUUAUCUGGCCAGCUUCAAUAACUGAAAUGGAGUCUUCAUGAAAAAGGCAAGUAAAACAAGGAUAGCACGCGAGAUCUUCAUGUCCUGAUUUGAGAAUGUAAAAAUGUGUAGAAAAGCUCUAUGCAAGCUUGUCUUGAUUCUUGUGAGAUAUUGGCUCGAUCAUGUUUAGAACGUAAAGAAGACAAAAUACUCAAAAAACUCCCUGAUUCUUGUCAAAUAUUAGUAGUGUUUCUUGGGGACAUGUCCACAAGGUUUUCACAUCGUUUUUGGGAAAAGAAAUGUAUUGGGGAUGAAGAGAUGGGAACAAAGCAUCCUCACCACAUCACUUUUUUCAGUUUUGUGGGGACACCCCCUUGUUGGUUUAAUUUGCUACCAUCACUAAGGUAGAGAGAGUUAAUAUGUGCUAGAUUAGCGGUAAUUUGUUCAGUCCUAUUUCAGUCAAUAAAGGCCUUACCUGUGCAGUCUUGUUUCAGUCAAUAAAUCCCUAAUCCAUGGUAUGAUUAGAGGAGUAUUUUCUGUAUACCUAUGCUUUAUAAACAGCAAAUCAUUUUAAUAAAAAUCACAGUUUUUCAUCA